CCUACACCUUGAUUUUGCUUUCUAGACGCUCAACGCACGUCAUUGCCUUUUCCGGUGGGGUAAGCCGCGUCUCUAACUCUAACCUCUCGAAAGAUCGUAGACAGGAAAGUAAAGAGGAUUACGUUGGCCGUUGCCGCCGUUCAUUUCCCCAAUGCUACUUAUGUGUUCUAGAGCGUUUCUGAUUCCUUCCAUUUCAGCAACAUAGAUCUAUUAUAAAGUUGCUUCUGCCUGUACAUGGGCAUCCCUUAUCCAAAUCUAGAUCUAGCGCUAAAAGUUACAUAGGUCAGGUUUGAAUUAGUCACAUGACCAGUGGUCAUGUGGUAAUUCUAAGACAAAAAUGGCGUUGUUAAGAGCCACAGAUAGAGGAUAUCGGUUCCUUGUUCUUUUUUUCAAUUGUAUGCUGACAUUUGGCUCAUAUUUUUGUUUUGAUAUGCCAAGUGUCUUACAAGAUGUCUUCACUGAAGUGAAUAACUGUACUAAUAGUAAUAGUUCAGGCUCUAACAGCUCUGAGAUAUCGUGCAACAAUUGUACAGACUGUCUUGGUAUGUCUGAUGCUGAUUACAACUUGCUUUAUGCUAUAUAUGCUUGGACAAAUGCUGUAGUUGUCAUUGCUGCUGGAUUUCUAAUUGACAAACUUGGCAAUAGAGUUGGUGUAUUUCUAUUUUCUACACUUUGCCUUCUGGGAUCAUCAACCUUCGCUGCUGGUGCAUUCCUUAAAGGUACUUCAUAUCUUUUGCCAAUAAUGCUGUUUGGUCGUUUGCUCUUUGGGUCUGGAAAUGGUUCUCUCACCAUUGUGCAGAGUCGAGUCACAGCCUACUGGUUUAGAGACAAAGAGUUAGCUAUGGCUUUUGGAAUAACUUUAGCAUUUUCCAGACUUGGAAGUGUGCUUAAUUUUUUCUUGACACAACAGUUUGAGGAAAAGUAUGGUUUAAUCUGGACAUUGUGGGGAGGUGCCAUGCUGUGUGCUCUGGGUUUUAUUUCUGCCAUUAUUCUCAGUAUUUUGGAUAAAGUUGGUGUCCAACAACUAGGAGAUGAUGGAACUUUGAAAUCAGAAUCCAAGAAAUUAAAAUUGUCAGACAUUACUCGUUUCUGUCUUCCAUUUUGGCUUGUAGUUCUGUCUAUCAUGUUCUUCUACAAUGGAGUAUUUCCAUUUGUUGCUGAUGCCAGUAAGUUCAUUACAACCAAAUAUGGGUUUGACAAAAAGCCAUCAUCUUACAUAGCUGGAGCAAUCUAUGAUGUAUCAAUGGUUUUUUCUCCUUUCCUUGGAGGAAUCAUAGAUGUAUUUGGCAAGAGAGGCUACAUUGCCAUGGCGACGGCUGUCCUAACUAUUCCCGUCUUUGGGCUUCUGGCAUUUAGCUAUGUUCAUCCAUUAGUGUGCACACUAUGGUUAGGUAUCACAUACUCAUUUGCCGCUGCCAGCAUGUGGCCCAGCAUUCCUUUAGUGGUGUCCCAGUCGACACUUGGCACAGCUAUGGGACUGACCACCAGCAUACAGAUGAUUGGUAUAGGCAUCUCUAAUGUUGUUGUAGGACAGAUACUUGGACAGGAAGACCAUACUGACUCUGAGACAAAGUUACACCGCUGGAAAUUUGUAAUGAUAUUUCUUUUAGGAAACACUAUUUGCUGUAUUGUUGCUACUUUUUUCUUAAAUGUUGUGGAUAAACGUCGAGGUGGAAUCUUAAACAUUAGCAGACGUGACAAGCUAGAAGCUCAAAAGAAGAAUAUGGUCGAGAAUUCACAGAAAGAUUCAGAUAAUUUCAAUGGAGAGGAAGAUCUACUUUUGCCUGGUGGUUCUGGGCGUAAAUAUUUACAAGAUGGCAAUGCACUCAAUUAACUUUUUAGAUUUGUUAAUUAACAUAAAUGGAAAUUUUAUUCCCAGCGUUGUGUUUUGUUUGGAAAGAUUUAAGAUGUAAACAAAUCUAGUCAUUUUAUUUUUACUUUGGUUGGUAUACUACACUGCACAUAAAUUUUAAUUCAAUUUGAUAUUAGUGCAUGCACUUAAUUGAACAGCAUUGUGUAUAUCUGCAGAUGUCACACCAAUGUGUUGUAUUUGUUCAAUACAAAAGUGUCUUCCUUGAAUGUAUGAAUUUCUAUUUUGAGUUCUUUCUUAAAUGUUUUCAAAAUAUACAUGCCUAUUAUGUAAAGAAAAAGGCUGCAUAAUAAUAAUGGCAGACAAAGUCCAGACUGUUUUGUUAAUAGCUUUUGGGAUACGAAACAUUUUUUCUUGUAUUGCAAAAAAAAAAAAAGGGUAGACAAAAUCCAGA